AGUCGCCCCGUCAUUUUCUCGUCAGAUUAAGGUUACUUUCGGCACUGGUGGCUUCCUACUCUGGGACACCGGUGAGGAUCCUUUAUUCUCCGAUCAAGGCCUGCUCACAACGGUUGCUUAUCAAAUGGGCUCUAAGGCGAAGCCACACUACGCGAUUGAGGGGUCAAUAGCCUAUGCUGGAGCAACAAUUGAUUGGCUUAGAGACAAUCUUCGCCUCUUUUCCACCUAUGACGACUUGGAAACACUUGCUGGGGAAGCCUAUUCUGUCGAUCCUGGUAAUUUUUUUUAA